GUGGAGCAUAGCAGCACUAGGCUGGGAUGAGUCACAUUUGAGUGACUCUGGGAGGGGCUCCCGGGGCCCAGGUGGGAAGGAAUAAGAACCGCACAGGUGUGAGGCCGAGCCAGAGCUGAGGCAAGCGGGUACUGAGACCAUGGCGCCCCCUUCUCUGCUUUGCUGCAAAGGGCUCCUGCUCACCGCUGCCCUUUCGGCCUGCUGGACCUCAAAGGCUGUGGCGGGCCCAUCUGUCGAGGCUGUGCCACCCUCUGUUCCUGAGGGGGAAAAUGUUCUUCUGCGCGUUGAUAACCAGGCAGAGAAGUUCCAGGCCUUUUUCUGGUACAAAGGGAAACGUGCCUUCGAAGAAUUUAAGAUCGCACAUUAUGAAACAGCCUCUCAGACACUUAAACGGGGGCAGAAAUACAGCGGGAGGGAGAGGGUGUACAGCAACGGAUCCCUGCUGCUCCAGAACGUCACCCAGGAAGACACCGGGAUCUACACCCUAGAAACCUUUGGAACACAUUAUCAAUGUGAAAUAACACAUGUCCACCUCCAGGUGUACAAGAUUGUGACACAGCCCACCAUCCAAGUCCAGAGCACUAUAGUGAAAAGACAGAAUGCCGCAGUCCUCACCUGCAGGUCACCUGACCCUGGAGUUGACAUCAGUUGGAUCUUCAAUAACAAGCCCCUGGAUUUCAGCAGUAGGAUGACGCUGUCUCCCGAAAAACACAGGCUCACCAUAGCUCCCCUCAGGCUGCAGGAUGCAGGGGAGUAUCUGUGUGCAAUCUCCAACCCCUUCAGUUCCAAGAAGAGUAACCCCGUCCACUUGUUCUUGAUCAAUUUUGCUCAUUAGUCUGACAACUUCGUGUGAAAUCUUUAGGACCCUCUACAGACAAGUUCAUGUCAUCUGCAGAAGAAUUUCCUGGCCUUGGAGUGGUAGACGUGUACUACAUACAAUGACAUACAUAUCAUACAUUUUGCUCUCCAUGGGAUUUUUGUUAUCCUUCUAGUUUUAUUAAUAUCAAUCAAUUUCCUUAUAAAAUUAAUCUAGUUUUAAAAAGUCAAUAUGAAUCAUUUGUCAAAA